UUUUUGAACUUUAAUAGAAAAGUAUUUAAAAUGAUACUAAUCAAAAUGGUUAGAAGCUUUGCAACUGUGGCGUACAUGACGUCUAUAUUUGUGGCAACAUGGUUCUGUUUUCAACGUAAAUCAAAUUAUGCUCUAGCAAUAAUCGAACGUGAUGCAUCACAAAGAGCGGAAAAUGCAACGGCUGAAACCGAAAUCACAGUAAGACCAUUUUGGGAUAGCCCAAACCGCUUAAUUCAUCUAACAACGGUUCGCACUAUUUUGGAAUAUAUAAAUGAGACUCUUGGUUAUACUGUUAACAAUAAGGACUUAGAACUGUUGGAUUUGUCUAAUGGAAUGAUGCAAUCACUGGUAGCCAGUGGACAUGAGGUGGCCGUAAAUGCAUUAGUACAUGAUGCUAAUGAGGUGACGGAAAGGUGUGAAAGAUAUCUAAAAGAAGUCAAUAAAUUGAUUAAAAUUGCUAAAAUUGAUGAACAUAAGGAUGUUAAUGUUGCUUUAAAGGACAAUAUAAAUAAAGUGAGCAAAGAAUCUCAAUCAUUCAUUCAAGUAACACUUGUAAGAGCUACCAAAUUCUUAAUGUCAAACCGAGAUAAUGAUCUCAGAUUACAAGUGUUGAAAAGGACUAGUCAUUUUGUAAGGAAAGAGCAGAAAGUACUCAAAAUUAUUACCAUACUGAGAAAGAGAUAUAGAAAGAAACCUAAAAUCGUAAAGUUGGAUCAACAGAUGCAAGGCUGGGUUAAAAACUUAAAAGUUUUAAAGCAGACUAUAGAUGGCGCAAAGGAGUGGAUUGAAAUACAAUGGAACGUAUUGCAAAAAAUAUCUGAUGGUUUAUGCCCCGCUGAUCCGUUGUUGUCGGAAUACACGUUCUAUAAACAUACAGAUUACAGAACUCUGGAAGAAGAAGGGCAAUUUUACGCUUUUCACAAUUAUUAUAACGAAAUGGUACAGUACAUGAGGUUCGUUUCCCACUCCAUGAAAGUGAUUCAGGCCAUCUCAUUAACAUUAGUGGAUGAAAAUGCCCCUAGUGAAUUGUUAAAUUUUUAUCUUAAUGGUAUUGCUCUGCUUGAAUAUAUUUUGAAGUAUAAUCUAUGGUCCAUGGAGAAAAAAGCAGCUAUGAGCAAAGGAAUAUUGAAAUUAACCAGAGAAUUUAGUUCUUUUAUAAGAGUGGUUGAGAACGGAUAUAACGCGAUGUUGUCAACAAAUGAAGGUGUUAUAGCGCGAGUAGGUAAUUACAAUAGGACGUUUCUUGACGACAGUUAUUAUAGAUUUCUUUUCGUUUACUAUAAAAAUGAAUCCAAAAGAAUGAAAAGUGCUAUGGACAGGUUCUGCGAACCAUACAACGGCAUAAUUGGGUACAACGUAGUCGAUAAGCAACAUAAUGCUCAAAAGUUGAUGCAUGACCGAGAAUCUAUAUGCCAUCGUUAUAAAACUAUACAGGAUGAAUAUACAGAAUAUGCAAGCGAAUUCCAAAAAACAAAACAAAGGUUCUCACAAUUAUCCCAGAGGAGUGGUGAAAACGCAAGAAUGGAAGGAGAGCACGCAAUACGUGAUUUAAAGCAUUAUCUGGAAACAUUCGGCGUCAAACACCGUUUCGUUGUAAAUGCAACGUUAGAGAUAUAUAGAGAUUAUAUGAAAUCCAACGUAAAGAUAGAUACUCUUGCCAUCUACCAAAGUGCAGAAAUGCUUAAAGGGGAAACCUUCCAAAAUAUAUAUCUUAUAUAUCCCUUAAUUGGUAAAACGGUGGAGGCAUUUAAUUGGUACAAGGUUCGAGUAGAAGAAAUAUAUAAGAGCCUAGAUGAAGUCAGAACAAUGUACAAACGAGCACAAACACUGGGUGAUUGCAGUGAUAUAGAUAAGUUUCACAACAAUUUGAUGACCCGUACAGAAGAGAUGAAGUAUUUAUUUGAUACGUUAAGCGUGCACCCAAAGCUGUCUGCAGCAUUACAGCAAAUUUCCCAACCCGUUAAAAUCUUUGGUCCUUUUUCUCAUAAAUCUGAAUGGGACAGUAUUUUCAGUCAAAUAUAUGAUAGAAGAAACGACAUGCGUGAUGUGCUCUUAUUAGAUUUCUUGUUACCUAUAUUGCGUGAUACUAUGGAGUUAUACAUUGGAAUUGCUGAGUCGCCACAUAACUGUAUUGCUUCAUUAAAUACAAGCCUAGAUAAUGCAUUUAAACGAUUUGUUGGAGGCUUAAGUGGGUCAGGAAAUAUUAAGAAUCUGGAUGAGGACAACAGUGUGGUGGCUUCAACCAAUUCCAACCACCCGGAUUCAAAUAGUACAACUAAUGGAGACACUGGUCUAGUUAUAUCAAACCCUAUAGAUCUCCAAGUUCCAGAAUGUAGUGAACCAAAUAACGCAAAGAAUCUUGAAAAGCAAGCUAUGAUUGUCGAUCAUAGCAGUGUUCCUUCCGACCAGCAUAGGGAAACAGAUAUAAACGAAGAAAAUCAAAUCUUCAAUAAUGAUGAUAGAACAACAGGAGAAAGCUUAAAUCCUAGACAGCAAGUCAGAGAGUGGGAAAUACGGUUUACCAAAGAUGGAUUCACUGAGGUUGCGCUCUCCAUAAUCCCUAUGCUAGCCUUCACAGGGGCAUUGAUUUUAUGAUAGCAAAUAGAUUGUGCAAU